CUCUCAAUCUGAAGUGGCUACCCUGGGAGAAUGUUAUUAGAAGGCGCAUGAACCCUGCCAUGGUCGAAGGAGUUCGCGGAGGUGUGGACUCUAGCCGUCCUGCUGGCUUUCCCGAGGAGGAAGAACCGCCCAGAAGACGGAAGAAGGCGGGAGAUAAGCAGUCCAAAAGGAGGCCUGAUGACAGGCCUGCCCAGAGGACAUCACCUGCGCGCAGGACAUCGCCAGCGCGCGGACCGACACCUGCGCAGCAGGUAUCUACAGCAGCGCGCGGGCCGACACCUGCGCAGCAAGCAUCAGGAGCGCGCAGAUCUUCACCUGUGCGCCACAGAUCGCCAUCGCACAGUUUGUCACCUGUGCACCAGACGACGUCGGUGCGCAGACUAUCACCUGUGCGCCAGACAUCAGCGCACAGAACUUCACCUGUGCGCCAUACACCGUCGGCGACCACACCACAAGAUGGGCGCCAAACUACAGCUCCUGCGCGCAGGUCAUCACCAGAUCUUCGUAUCUCCAGGAGCUCUGGGACUGUGACUGAAGAGCCUCAAGACACAACCCUUGUGGACCCAUCACCCGAUCUGUUUGAGUCUACAGGGUUAACAGACGAGACUUUUCUUGGGUUUGAGGACAGCCGUGCAGACGUAUCCAGCCAGACCCUUGAAAAGUCUUCAGAUACGAGGACAAGUGAAGCUCCUGGAGCAGCGGCACCACAGGAUGGAGAAGUGGUGCCACGGACCAGCAGUGGACUAGCUUCGGGAAUUGGUUCCUACUUCAGGCCGGAUCUCCUCCUACAGGAGUCGUCAGAGGAUGACGAGGUGGAAGUGCAGCAGGCUGCAGUUGCUACAUCCCUGUCUGCCCAAAUGCAAGUGGUGGCAGACGUCCAGGAAGGGCAGAAUCCCUCAACUGUUCAGAGGGUUCACACCCUGGCAUCGGAGAUGACUUCCCGCCAGGAUACGUACACAAAUGUCGUUGGAAGCAGACUGGACAACAUUGAGAGGACAAUGGAGAAGAUGUCAAACAGUCUGCUUGAAAUGCAGAAGGCUCUUGCCGACAGCUCGGCCACAAUGCUAAAGGUCAGAAUGCAAGAUCAUAGGGAGAAUAUGGACGUCCUUCACAUUCUGGCUGAAUCCAUGGGCCGGCUCGUGGAGAACACAACAUGUCUGGCACACAGCAAUACCAACAUGUCGGAGAGCCAUCGACAAUCCUCAUCCAGCCAACAGCUCAUCGCAACCACACUGCAGAUGAUCUAUGACAAGCUCCCAGAACCAGCUCAUCAACACGCUGAUGAUCCACCAUUUCCGCCGUCACAAGCCACAAGGACGCCUCGUACCCUUCCUCAACUACCAUCCCAGUACAGACAGUCACAGAUGUACCAGGGAUAUACAGGGAUGUACCCCACCCACCAGAUGCCUCCACCACCGGCCGCCACAUCUACAGCCGCAUGGGCACAGAGGCCCAGUCAACGCACUACCCAGCCUCCCAGGACAUCGACACCCCACCCUCACGAGGAACACCAGGAUCCGGACAGACUUCCACCAUAAGCCCGGUCGUAUUUUUUUAUUUACUUCUAUGUUUUUCAUGUAUCCCUUUCUUCCCCUCCCAUUAGUUUUUUUUUUUUCUUACUAUUGUUUUUUCUUUGUUGGGCUUCCCCACCCGUGACCGGGUACUACCAAGGAGCUUUGUGUAGGCAUACAUGCGCGGGCAUGUAUGCGGGCGCGUGUGGUAACGGAUGAAAGCUCCUUGUGGCUACAUGUAUGAUGGGCCAAAGAGCAAUUCUGAUACCACUCUUUUACCCAAAAAAUCCUUUUUGUAAUGGUGUACAAUAGGCUUUCACUGUUGUGUGAAUUUACUAUUCACUAGUGUGUGUUUUUGGCUUAUUCAUAGGAUUGGGUGGAAAAUUGAAGUGGACGGCACAAGUUCGUGUUGUGCGUACCAAGAUAUCUAUCUACACAAGAAAAGAAUAUAAAGAAUAACAAACUACUUUUUUGUUUUAUUACCUUUCAAUUUUUAUUUCAAUAAUCAAAUACAAAUUUUCUUCAAUACAUUUUUAAAAAGAGAA